CUGUACUGUUAUACGAUCCAAAACAAAAACAUCGGCAGAAACUUUUGGUGUCAUGGUGACAGGAGUGUUACUAUAAAUGGAUAAAUAUAAAAAUAGUCUUUAUCCCGGCUGAAUUUUUGGCCGACAUAGCUGUGCACAUGGCUUCUUGAUCAUUCUGGAAUAAACGUUGCUUUUAUAUAUAUCACACUUCUUGAACUAUGCCUGAUACAAUUCAACUAACGGAGAAAGCGAUGAUUUCUACGGAGUCUUCGAAAGAUGUGGAAAAAGAUUUCACUGAAAUAAAGAAUGAAGGCAAUGCUCUAUUUUCUUCUGGGGAUUAUAGGGGUGCUGUUAAACUGUACACCGAAGGCCUGAAACUUUGCUCUGUAAAAUCAAUUGAUGAGGCAACUCUUUUUAAAAAUAGAGCUGCUGCUUACUUGAAACUAGAAAAAUAUGAAAAUGCCAUCAUUGACUGUACUUCAGCAUUGGAAAUUACACCUGCUGAUGUAAAAGCUCUAUUUCGAAGAUGUCAAGCAUAUGAAAAACAGGAACAAUACAGUGAUGCUUUUAAAGAUGCAAGAGCAGUUAAUCAUUUAGAUCCAAAUAAUAGUGCUGUUCAACCAAUAUUGACUAGAUUGAAUGUAAAACUUCAAGAACUGGCUAAAGAACAGGCUACUACUACUAAUAAAGUAAAAACUAUGUUUGAAUAUCUUCUAGGAGAAGAAACAUCAGCUGAAACAAGGUUACAGGCAGCAAAUAAUAUUGUUGUGCUUGCCAAAGAAAAAGCUGGUAGUGAAUUAAUUAUGAAAGAAAGUGGCAUUACCAAGCUGUUGGCUGCAAAGAAACUUGAAAAAAAUGAAGAGAUUUCAACUGCUGUCAUUAGAACCUUUGGUGAGCUUUGUAGGAACAAUUGCAAAAGGACACUAGAGAUACUUCAAAUUAUUGGUGUUCCAUUUUUAAUUGAGAAUUUGAAUUCUGACUCAGAAAACUAUGUUAACGCUGUUGAAUACUUCAUUCAACUUAUUUUGAACACUCUAGCAGGCAUGGAUGUCAAAGAAGGAAAAAAAGCUGAUAAACAACUUAUGAAAGACAAUGAAUUAGUUAUUGAUACUAUAAUGAAGACCCUCUGCAAAAGUGUUUCUAGUAGAGUAAUGUCUGCAACUGGCCGUGAUGCUAUAUUGGAACUUAUAAUGAAAAAUGUUGAAUUUGAAGCUUUAAGUUGGGGACAUAAACUUGUGAAGAGUGAUGCGGAAGCUAUAAUUGCUGCUGCUUCUAAAAAAGACAAAUGUACUGCAAUUGUCUCCAUGGGUACUGAUAUUUUGAAAAAAUUAUAUCAGUCCAAAAAUGACAAUAUCAAAGUUCGAGCUCUUGUAGGUCUUUGCAAAGUUGGAUCUGUUGGUGGUUUUGAUGCUUCUAUAAAAAUGUUUAGUGAAGGUUCUGCAUUAAAACUUGCCCAUGCUUGUCGCAAAUUUCUUAUCAAUCCUAAAAAGGAUAAAGAUCUACGAAAAUGGGCAGUAGAAGGGCUUUCAUAUUUAACUCUAGAUGCUGAUGUCAAAGAAGAGCUCAUCGAAGACCACCAAGCUAUACAAGCCCUGAUAGAACUUGCAAAAACCGGAGACUUAUCUGUAGUAUAUGGUUGUGUUACUACUUUGGUGAAUCUUACCAAUAGUUAUGACUCUGAAGAAAUGAUACCAGAGCUUGUUGAGUUAGCUAAAUUUGCCAAACAACAUGUACCUGAGACUCAUAUUAAGGAUGCUAAAGAGUUUGUUGACAAACGAGUAAAAACCUUGUGUGAUUUGGGUAUCACAACAGCUCUUGUUGCUUUAUCAAAAUCUGAAAGCAAAAAUAGCAAAGAAUUAAUUUCGAGAGUUUUCAAUGCAAUAUGUGAGCAGCAAGAUUUAAGAGGUUCUGUAGUGCAACAAGGUGGUGCUAAAGCGCUGGUAAACUUGGCAUUAGAUGGAACCGAUAAAGGAAAGUUGACUGCUGCUCAAGCACUAUCCAGAAUAGCCAUUACUAUCAAUCCUGAAGUAGCUUUUCCUGGGCAAAGAUGUGCUGAAGUAGUACGUCCAAUAAUGGCACUUCUUCAUCCUGAUUGUAAAGGACUUCAGAAUUUUGAAGCUUUAAUGGCUCUAACAAAUUUGGCACAAGUUAGCAAAAGUGUAAGGCAGCGCAUUCUUAAAGAUUCGGGUAUCACAAAAAUUGAAGAAUACAUGUAUCAAGAUCAUGAAAUGCUGAGAAGAGCUGGUGUGCAGUGUGUAUCUAAUCUUGUAUUAUGUGAAGAUAUCAUCCAUUUAUAUGAAGCAGAAAAUGAUAGGGUAAAGUUUAUGUUAUUAGUAUCUGAUGAUGAAGAUUUAGAAACAUCUAAAGCAGCAUCAGGUGCUAUAGCAAUGCUGACAAGUGUUAGUAAGAAAGUCUGCAAAAAAGUACUAGAAGUAAAAGAUUGGUUAGAAAUAUUGUGCAAACUUACUGCUAGUGCUGAUAAAGACAUCUGUCACCGAGGUGUUGCCAUUGUUCACAACCUUAUUCACUCAAAUCGUGCUUGUGCAGAGAAAAUCAUAGAAACUAAUCUUCUUGAAAUUUUGAUGGCUCUAACAAGGCCAGAAGUAGAUGAUGUUCCUCAAAAAGUGAAGGACUUGGUUCAAGAUGCACUUAAAAAAGCCGAAGAAUGGAAAUUGAUUAAAACAAAUGAUGAAGAACCACAAGAAGAUUCUGACUGAUAGUGGAGACUGUGUGGAGAGAAACUUAACUACCCAGCAACGGUUAGACUAAGACAUACAGUUUAAAAUUGUGUAUAAUAUAUAAUUUUUUUAACUCUGAUCAAUUACUAUUUUGAUGAGCAUGGUUUUUAUAUCAAUAAAGACACUAAUAUUUAAAAAAGAUAA